GCCGAACAAAACCAGAGCGCACCAUUAAAAAAGCCUCUUUGCCGACUUCUCCUCGUGCUGAUCACACGUUGCCUGACAUUGCUCUCUCUCCGAAGCUAAAACUUUCGAAAAAACGGACACGAUGACUGCUAAUCACACCAAAACGUACAAAGUCGCUGACAUCAAGUUGGCGGAAUGGGGACGGAAGGAGAUCAUGCUUGCGGAAAAGGAGAUGCCCGGUUUGAUGUCCAUUCGUAAAAAAUAUGGACUCACCAAGCCCUUGACGGGAGCUCGAAUUGCGGGAUGCCUUCACAUGACUGUGCAAACUGCGGUGCUGAUUGAGACCUUGACUGAGCUGGGUGCCCGUGUUCAGUGGAGUAGUUGCAACAUAUUCAGUACUCAAGAUCAUGCCGCCGCGGCCAUCGCUGUGACCGGUGUCCCCGUCUUCGCAUGGAAGGGGGAAACCGAGGAAGAGUACAUUUGGUGUAUCGAACAAACUUUGGUGUUCGAUGAUGGCCAGCCACUCAAUAUGAUCUUGGACGAUGGUGGUGACUUGACGACACACGUUUUAACCAAAUAUCCCAAAUAUGCCGAAGGGAUCAAGGGAGUCUCUGAGGAAACUACAACCGGUGUCCACAACCUUUACAAGCUACUCAAGAAUGGUCAACUAAAGUUUCCUGCUAUUAAUGUCAACGAUUCUGUUACAAAGAGCAAGUUUGACAAUCUUUAUGGAUGCCGAGAAUCUCUUAUUGACGGUCUUAAGCGUGCCACUGACAUCAUGGUCGCUGGAAAGACCUGCAUUGUAGCGGGGUAUGGUGACGUUGGCAAGGGAUCUGCGCAAUCUCUGAGAGCUUUUGGAGCAAGAGUGAUUAUCACCGAGAUUGAUCCAAUUAAUGCACUUCAAGCUGCCAUGGAAGGAUAUCAAGUUAGUGCAAUGGAAGAUGUCGUUCAUGAAGCUCAUAUCAUUGUCACAACCACGGGAUGUAAGGAUAUCGUUCGCCCCGAACACUUUGUGAAAAUGAGAGAUGAAGUCAUUUUGGCAAACAUUGGUCACUUUGAUUGCGAGAUUGAUGCUGCGUGGUUAGAUAAAAAUGCCACCAAAAUCAACAUCAAACCUCAGGUAGACCGAUACGAGCUCAGCAAUGGACGUCACAUUAUCCUCUUGGCAGCAGGUCGUCUUGUUAACUUGGGAUGUGCGAUGGGUCAUCCUUCUUUCGUCAUGAGUAACUCCUUUACCAACCAAGUAUUGGCCCAAAUUGCACUUUGGACCGACAAGUAUGCCAUUGGGGUUUUCAUGCUCCCAAAGAAGCUCGACGAAGAAGUUGCUCGUUUACAUUUGGAUCAUAUUGGAGCCAAGUUGAGCAAGUUGACUCCAGAACAGGCAACCUAUUUGGGGUUGGAUGUGGAUGGACCCUACAAGCCAGAACAUUACCGUUACUGAUUUUUCUCUAUGUUGAACAUGUUACAAUAUGUAACUGAACUUUUCCAUUGAAAUCAAAAUUUCUAAAUCUUGUUCAGGGUGGUUUUGUAAAAUAAUCUGUUUGUUCUGUUACUAAAUUAGCUAUAUUAAAAUGGUAUUGGGAACACAUA